AUGGAAGAGGAGGAAGAUAGGCCCUCGUCGGCGCAGCAGCAACUCAACCUCUGGAUCCACGGACACAUCACGACUCCGACUUUUACCUUCUUCACCACCUCGCCGCCUUUCAGUCUCAAAGACCUCCACGUCGCGCUUACGCGGUCUGUGAAGGAAAUUGCGCUUCGGUUGGAUCCCUCGCUCGAGUGCAUGUUUGUCGCCGCGCGGGAUCCCCAACACUCGGUUCUUCUGGACGAGAGUGAAUUCUACGAGGGGCGUGUGCUCAACGUGGAUGAGUUGAUACACAUGGAAGGCGGUAUUGAGAGCUUGAGUCGUGAAAGAGUCGUCCAACUCCUCGACAUGUGCCGCGACGAAAUCGAGUGGGAGCGACAUGAGAUCCACCGCCUGGAGACGCAUUGCGAUAUCGCGGAGAGGCAGAAGCUGUUGAAGAUUAGAGACACUUUCCAGUAUCGGCCGUGUCCCCGACGGGAGAGGACUGUGGUUCCUGGUAUUGGGGUCAUUACGGCGGAUCAGAUGAGGGAUUCUGUGAGAGGGGAGUCUAUGGAUGAUAGUUUUGAGGACAGUUUUGAGGAUGGUGAGAUUGAGGAUGAGGAGAUGCUUGAGGCGGAGAAGGGUGAUGAGGGUGAUGCUGAGGAUGAGAAAGUCGUGAAGGUUGAGGGCGAGGGUGAGGAUGAGAAAGUGGCGAAGGUCGAGGACGAGGUUGAUGAGCCAUGGGUGAAGAUGGAAAUUGAGGACGAUACUUGA